UUUUUGCCAAGCAUGACAAAUAUACUUAAACUGGAGAUUGAUGAGGGUCCAGUCAAGUUGAUCCGUGUAUUGAAAUAAAGUGCCGUGAAAUACUACAAAAAAAAGAUGUCUGCGCCCAUGGUGUCGUGAUUUUGUUUAUAAACUUCAGAAGGCAAUACAAUAUUUGGACAGAAUGAGGGCUGUCAGAUCUGCAUGUUUUCUGCUAAGGAGGAACCACACAUUAUCAUGGUCAAGACUGAGGAGACAAAUACAAUGUUUACACACCAGUGUCUCCUGUAGCACUGAAUCUUCCACAAGCACUGAUGCUAAACAUGACAAAUAUAACCAGUGGAAUGUCCCUUUUCAGUUAAAAGAGCCAGAGUAUGAUUUUGACUACAUAUUGGACCCAGACAAUCUUGAUGCUAUCAGAGAUAACAUUGCACAAAGAAAAGGAGUGGGAAAUAUAGAUUUAGUGGUUGAUCUACACAGAAAGUUUGUCAAUGAAACAAAUCCAGGAGAGAAAGAGAAAGUAAGGCGAGAGUUUAUACAGGCUGUAGGAGAAAUACCAAACAUAAGUCACCCACAUUCUCCAGUCGGAGAAGAGGAUGCCGCUAAGCUUGUUGACCUGGUUGGAACUAAAAGAGAGGUGACAGCUGGUCAGCCACCAUUAAAAACAAUGUUAGAACUUGGGGAGCAGCUUGGCAUGUUAAGAACAAGCAAUGUUGCUAUGACAACAGGACAUACAACAUACUACUUCCUGGAUCAGUUUGCCAUGUUGGAGCAAGCUUUAAUAAGAUAUACAGUAGAUUAUUUACUACACAAGGGUUUCCAGCUGGUGUCUGUACCUGACUUGUUACGUCCUGAAAUUAUUGAAAGUUGUGGUUUUAAGACGACAGGUGAUGUGGCCCAGGUAUAUAGACUUGACCAAUCUAGACAUCCUGAUCUCUGUUUGAUAGGAACCUCUGAAAUGUCGUUAGCAGGAUAUUUCAUGGAUGAAGUCCAGAAAGCAAAUGAUUUACCUAUUAAGUUAGCUGCUGUAAGCAGGUGUUAUAGAGCUGAGACAUCUAGAGUAGAAGAGGAGUUAGGUCUGUAUAGAGUACAUCAGUUCACCAAGGUAGAAAUGUUUGGGGUGACAGGAAACAAAACAGGGGAAGAAGGCAAUGAAUUGCUCCAUGAACUUACAGAGAUUGAGAAAACUUUAUUUAGUCAACUAGAUUUACAUUUUAGAAUACUAGAUAUGCCCACGGCAGAGUUAGGGGCUCCUGCCCAUAGAAAGUUUGAUUUUGAGGCUUGGAUGCCAGCAAGGCAGUUUUGGGGAGAGAUAUCAAGUGCCUCUAACUGUACAGACUAUCAGAGUAGAAGAUUACAUAUAAAAUAUAGAACAGAUAAUGAUGAUGAUGAAAUCAGACAUUGUACAACAGUAAGUCCAUAUGUCUACAAUAUUUCUUCCAGAUUUCCCAAAUACUCACCUUAGUGCAGUAAUGGAUUA